UAUGAUAUAUUGGCUACUUUAUUGCAACCUGUUGGAACAUUUGUCUUCUACCUAUCUCAACCCCAUGCCACAAUAAAGCAUGCUGGCCAGCUGAGUUCAGGGCGUGGGAGGGGCCAUCCAGCUGUGCCUGCAACAUCGUCACACUCAUGUGUAAACUGCAAGGAGGUCCAGGUCCAAACUGAAAUCUUCCUAACCAUCCCCAUCCCUUUUCCACUAUAUACACUGCAGAGAGGUAUCCUGGUAACGUACGAAAGAAAACGGCGCUUGGAGGCUGGAAAGGGACGUUCGUUAUCUGGCCACAAUCGGGGGACGCGAUUCUUCAAGUGGUUAUUUAUGGCAUAACCUCAGACUCUUUCCAUCGCCAUGUCAUUGAAGUCGGACGAGAAGAGGAAGUGGGCUGCGGUGAGGGGCCAUCUGGGCUCCUCCCAGGACUCAGACACACAGCUGGAGGCCAACCUGGAGAGUGCAGACCCAGAGCUGUGCAUCCGCAUGCUCCAGGUGCCCAGUGUGGUCAACUACUCUGGGCUGAAGCGUCGUCUGGAGGGCAGCGAGGAGUCUUGGAUGGUCCAGUUCCUGGAGCUGAGUGGGCUGGACCUGUUGCUGGAGGCCCUGGACAGGCUGUCUGGGAGGGGCUGCUCCCGCAUCGCAGACGCCCUGCUGCAGCUCACCUGUGUCAGCUGUGUCCGGGCUGUCAUGAACUCCUCGUCUGGGAUCAACUUUAUCGUGGAGAAUGAGGGCUACAUCCGCAAACUCUCCCAAGCCUUGGACACGUCCAAUACCAUGGUGAAGAAGCAGGUGUUUGAGCUGCUUGCUGCCCUGAGCAUGUUCUCCUCUGAUGGGUACCGUCUGGCUAUGGAUGCCUUGGACCACUACAAGGGUGUGAAGACCCAGCAGUAUCGCUUUAGUGUGAUCAUGAACGAGCUGCAGGCCACAGACAAUGUGCCCUACAUGGUCACCCUCCUCAGUGUCAUCAACGCCAUCAUCUUUGGGACAGAUGCCCUGCGACAGCGAGAUAAGAUGCGCAAGGAGUUUAUUGGAUUACAGUUACUUGAUAUACUGCCCAAACUGAGAGAUGAGGAGGAUGAGGACUUGAUCAUUCAGUGUGAAGCGUUUGAAGAGGCUAUGGUUGAGGAUGAGGAGGAGCUGUUGAGGGUCUAUGGAGGCAUCGACAUGAGCAGUCACCAGGAGGUGUUCACCACCCUCUUCAACAAAGUGAGCAGGUCACCGUCAUCCCUCCAGCUGCUGUCCAUCCUACAGGCCCUGCUGCUGCUGGGGCCCGACAGGGCUGACAUCUGGCAGACCCUGGAGGCCCUCACUAACAGGGCCAUACUGCUGGAUCAAGACUCUCCAAUGGACUCCUGUGAGACGAUUAUGCAACGCCUGGUGUUCUCCAAGCGCAGGACUGCUGGUGUCCAUGCUGUGGAUGGUCUGCCACCCAAGAAGAUUGAUAAGGCUGUUCAGACUGAUAAGGUGGACAAUGACCAAGAAAGACUGACCAAAUGCCCCACAACCUCCCAAGUGUCUUCUGUUCCACCACCCCCACCCCCUUCCCUUCCUCCACCCCCCGCUCCGACACUACCACACACAGGAGGUGGAGUACCCCCACCACCUCCGCCUCUACCAGGGAUGGGGGUGUCCCCAGGGUGCCCACCACCACCGAACCCCGCUAUGUCAGGCAUGCCUCCACCACCACCACCUCCUCCUGGCAUGGGUGGGAUGGGGGUGGCCCAAAGUAGCCAAUCCCUGGGGUGUGCCUGUUCUGCCUCCUCCAAGGCAGGCCGCUGCCCCACCCUGAGGAUGAAGAAGCUCAACUGGCAGAAGCUCAGAGCUGUCACUGAUGGUCAUUCCAUGUGGACCUCUGCUCAGAAAGACGUUCCUCGGGAGCCCAACUACUCCAGCAUUGAGCAGCUGUUCUGUCUCCCGGUGACCGAACACAAGGACAAGGGGGCAGCUGCUCCUGUCAAGAAGGAGCCUAAAGAGAUAUCCUUUAUUGACGUAAAGAAGAACUUGAAUUUGAACAUAUUUCUCAAGCAAUUCAAAUGCUCACAUGAUGAGUUUGUGUCCUUGAUUCAGAAUGGGGAUCGGACUAAGUUUGAUGUGGAGGUGUUGAAGCAACUUGUUAAACUCUUACCUGAGAAACAUGAGAUAGAAAACCUGAAAUCCUUCCAGGGUGAAAAAGACAAGUUGGCCAAUGUUGACCGAUUCUACAUCUCUAUCCUGGCUGUACCAUGUUACCAGCUGAGGAUAGACUGCAUGUUGCUGUGUGAAGAGACGGCCUCCGUACUGGACAUGCUCAAGUCCAAAGCAGAGGUGGUUGAAGCUGCAUGCCAGUGUCUCAGAGUGAGCACUCUCAUGCCCAGUUUCUGCAGGCUCAUCCUUGAUGUGGGAAACUUCCUCAACUACGGAUGUCACACAGGAAACGCUGAGGGCUUUAAGAUCAGCUCCCUGCUGAUGCUGACUGAGACUAAGGCCAACAAGAGCCGCAUUACCCUGCUCCAUCACAUUCUGGAGGAAGUAGAGCUGAACCACCCAGAGCUGUUGUACCUCCCUGACGACAUUGAGAUUUGUGAAAAAGCAGCUGGAAUCAACCUGGACUCCAUUCAGGCAGAGGCCAGUGCCUUACUCAAUCGAGUGAAAGAAGCAUCAAAGAAAGUCUAUAACUCUGUGGACGAUGUAAAGCAGCAGUUCACAGAGGUAUUUGAGAAAAACCUGGAGGCCUGCCGAGAUUUGGAGGACAGUUUUUUGGAGAUUGUGAGGAAGAAGGGUGACCUGGCCCUCUACCUGUGUGAGGAUGUCAACAAUCUUUCCCUGGAGGAGCUUUUUGGCACCAUCAAGACCUUUAGGGGACUUUUCAUCAAAGCCUUAAAAGAAAACAAAACCAGAAAAGAGCAGGCUGUGAAGGUGGAGAAAAGGAAAAAGCAGCUUGAGGAGGAAGAAUCCAAAAGACAGAAGGGGGAGAAUGGAAAAAUAAUCCGGAAAGGACCCUCGCCACAGGACGAUGGCUGUAUUAUCGACCACCUUCUUGCUGACAUCCGGAAAGGCUUCCAUCUCAGGAAGACGCGGCCCAGGUGCGAUACGGAAAGCCCCCCCUCUAGUGAAAUGAAUAGGAAAAAGGGCCAGCCUGGGUCAAGUGUCAAGCCUGUAAUAGAAGAAGCCAAAGCCUCUGUCUCAGAAGCCUCCAGCGCUCCCAGUCAAACUCAACCCCAGGCAGAGGAGAGGGCCCCAAGAGAAGGAAUGAACGAAUGCCCCAGCAAACCCCAAGAAAACCCUGCUUUUUCCAGCCUUCCCACAACCAAUUCACCAACACAGGAGGUCCCGGGAAUGGGUGUCUUAAAUAACACCCCAAGCAUCUCUACCUUCACAGAUGCAGACCUGCCUGAAAUCAACCUGAUGGUAACGGAGGACUUGAUGCCUGAAUGUCCACAGAGCAAUAGAGAGAGUCACCUUAAUGGAGCCUGCACACUUCCUGUCACUGAUAUGGACAUGAUGAUAGAGAGUAAUGGUGAAAGCAACCUGAUAGGAAAAACCAUUGGCCAAGAUGAAGUUGGAGGUAAGAGCAGCAGCAUGAUGGUAAAGACUUUUGGACAAGAUGAGACUGAGGAUGACAUGAUGGUGAAGAUGGUGGCACAGGAUGAGGGUAUAACUAAUGGACACCCAGACACCAAUGGCAGCACAGACACCAAUGGCAACACAAACACCAAUGGCAACGUACCUAUGGUCAGUGCUGCGGAAAGUGGACCGGCGUACGAUGUGCCCGAUGGAGUGGACUCUGAAGAUCUGCUCUCAUCAGUAUCCAAAGCUCUGCCUGCCUCUGCAUCUGAAACUCUAAAACCAGAGGAUAAAAAACAGCAGAAGCUCUUUACAAGAAACAAAAAGAAGAGUAUUGAAGGUAACACUGGAAAUGGACAUACUAAAUGUAAAAAGGGGUGUGUGUUGCAGUGAGGCAAUUCCCGGAAAAGGAAGUCAAGAGGGAAAAGAAAAUGUUGUUGAUUUUUCCAUACAUGGUUUCUACACAUUGUAAUGGACUACAUCAGGGGUAGGCAACCCUGUUCCUGGAGUGCCGCAGGUACUGCAGGAUUUUGUUCCAACCAGGCACCAUACCAGGGGUGCGUUCAGUUCGCUUAAACGGUUGCUACAUUGUGAACGGUUUGUAUUGAACGACACGUUUUUCCAAAAUGUUCUUGUACUUUCUUGAACAGACUUUGAGAUCCGUUUGCUCCAUUCGGUGAGUGUGCUGGGGUGUGGCUUGAAGCAACAAGUGAUGUAUUUAAAGGGAUGCUGUGCGUUUGAACCCACAACCAAACCCUCCCCGUUUGUCAACUGGUUGUUCAGUACAGCAUCGUUUCCAUUCAAUUUAAUGAUCUGUUACGUUUUUAUGUACUCAACACAGCCCUGACCAACUGAGCUAAUUGAUCAAUUUAGUGAUUGCCCCCAAUUUAUCACACCUGGUCUUCCAGGUCGGUUAAAUUUGUGGCACUCCAGGACCAGGAUUUAGUACUACAUUAUAUUGAACUAAAUUGAUUCCUCCAGGAAGAUAUCAGCAUGGUCUACCUUCCUUUGAUAAUUUUGAGUUCUUGAAACAUUUGUGAAAUAAACAGGAAAAACUGCUAUGGUUCCCUGGCCAGGUUGAUUUGUAUUCUACCAAGAGGCUGUUGUGUUCCACAAGGCUACUGUUUGUAGUCUCUGCACAGCCUCAAUCCCAGCAAAUUUACUCUGUCGCUGUAACCUGGUCUCAGAGCAUUUCGUAUUUUUCUGUACGUAAAUCCGAAGCACCAUUUAUUGUUGUAUGUUUCAUAUGUACAGUAUAUCACAAAAAUGAGUACACCCCUCACAUUUUUGUAAAUAUUUGAGUAUAUCUUUUCAUCUGACAACACUGAAGAAGUGACACUUUGCUAUAAUGUAAAGUAGUGAGUGUACAGCUUGUAUAACAGUGUAAAUUUGCUGUCCCCUCAAAAUAACUCAACACACAGCCAUUAAUGUCUAAACCGCUGGCAACAAAAGUGAGUACACCCCUAAGUGAAAAUGUCCAAAUUGGGCCCAAUUAGCCAUUUUCCCUCCCCGGUGUUAUGUGACUCGUUAGUGUUACAAGGUCUCAGGAGUGAAUGGGGAGCAGGUGUGUUAAAUUUGGUGUCAUCGCUCUCACACUCCCUCAUACUGACUGGUCACUGGAAGUUCAACAUGGCACCUCAUGGCAAAGAACUCUCUGAGGAUCUGAAAAAAAUAAUUGUUGCUCAACAUAAAGAUGGCCUGGGCUAUAAGAAGAUUGGCAAGACCCUGAAACUGAGCUGCAGCACGGUGGCCAAGACCAUACAGCGGUUUAACUGGACAGGUUCCACUCAGAACAGGCCUCGCCAUGGUCGACCAAAGAAGUUGAGUGCACGUGCUCAGCGUCAUAUCCAGAGGUUGUCUUUGGGAAAUAGACGUAUGAGUGCUGCCAGCAUUGCUGCAGAGGUUGAAGGGGUGGGGGGUCAGCCUGUCAGUGCUCAGACCAUACGCCGUACACUGCAUCAAAUUGGUCUGCAUGGCUGUCGUCCCAGAAGGAAGCCUCUUCUAAAGAUUAUGCACAACAAAGCCCGCAAACAGUUUGCUGAAGACAGGCAGACCAAGGACAUGGAUUACUGGAACCAUGUCCUGUGGUCUGAUGAGACCAAGAUAAACUUAUUUGGUUCAGAUGGUGUCAAGCGUGUGUGGCGGCAACCAGGUGAGGAGUACAAAGACAAGUGUGUCUUACCUACAGUCAAGCAUGGUGGUGGGAGUGUCAUGGUCUGGGGCUGCAUGAGUGCUGCCGGCACUGGGGAGCUACAAUUCAUUGAGGGAACCAUGAAUGCCAACAUGUACUGUGACAUAAUGAAGCAGAGCAUGAUCCCCUCCCUUCGGAGACUGGGCCGCAGGGCAGUAUUCCAACAUGAUAACGACCACAAACACACCUCUGAGACGACCACUGCCUUGGUAAUGAAGCGGAGGGUAAAGGUGAUGGACUGGCCAAGCAUGUCUCCAGACCUAAACCCUAUUGAGCAUCUGUGGGGCCUCCUCAAACGGAAGGUGGAGGAGUGCAAGGUCUCUAACAUCCACCAGCUCCGUGAUGUCGUCAUUGAGGAGUGGAAGAGGACUCCAGUGGCAACCUGUGAAGCUCUGGUGAACUCCAUGCCCAAGAGGGUUAAGGCAGUGCUGAAAAAUGAUGGUGGCUACACAAAAUAUUGACACUUUGGGCCCAAUUUGGACAUUUUCACUUAGGGGUGUACUCACUUUUGUUGCCAGCGGUUCAGACAUUAAUGGCUGUGUGUUGAGUUAUUUUGAGGGGACAGUAAAUGUACACUGUUAUACAAGCUGUACACUCACUACUUUACAUUGUAGCAAAGUGUCAUUUCUUCAGUGUUGUCACAUGAAAAGAUAUACUCAAAUAUUUACAAAAAUGUGAGGGGUGUACUCACUUUUGUGAUAUACUGUAUGUAUUAAUUUGUAGAUGUCCAUUACCCAUUUUGUAUGAUAUUUUACAAAUUACAAUUUUGUAUUAUAUGUUACAAAUUUACGAAAUGUACAAUAUGUUACGAAUCUGCGAAACAUAUGAUGUGUUACAAAUUCUGUCUAGGUGGCUAACGUUAGCUAGCUGGCUUACAUUAGCUAGGCUAGGUGUUAGGGUUAGGGUAAAGUUGAAGUUUAGGAGUUAGGUUAAAGGGAUAAGGUAAGGGUUAGUGGAAGGGUUAGCUAAAAUGGUUAGGGGGAGGGCUAGCUAACAUGCAAAGUAGCUAAAAUGUAGUAAGUAGUUGAAAAGUUGCUAAAAUGCUAAAGUUGUCCGUGAUAAGAUUAGAACUCAAAACCUCUUGGGUUUCUAGACGUUUGUGUUAUACCAUCCUGUUUUUGACCAAAGUAACCGUCUGUCUUAUGUAACCAUACCAUACUAAUUUGAGUGUCCUGGAUUUAAAUGUACUAUGUUACGUCUAGUCCAUGAGACCAGGCUGUGUCAACAUUCUGUCACUUUAGGUGUUCUAUAUUGAAGUAUAAAAAGUAUAUGUACAUUUUGUUAUUGUUUUGUAUUUGUUUGAAUAUAAAAACACAGGCUUCAUUUCCAAAGCUAUAAAUAACCUCCAGCACAGUUGGAACCAAAUUCGUGUCUAUUUCACAAUAAGCUUUGAUAGUGUGUUGGUUGGAACAGUUGUGCUGAAAAUAGUAUUCCAGUCUUUUGUGAAUGUCGUGAACAUUUUUGAAACGUUUUGAUUCCACACUUGGCAUAUAGGAAAAAAAUAGCAGCUUCUUCCUGCUGUUACCAAUAACUAACUUAUUUCUACAAUUAUCAUUUACAAUACAAUACAAUACACGUGUAUUAAACCCCGAAGGGCAAUUCGUUCAGGACUGACAGUGUUCUUCAGUAGGACAAACACACAGACAGUAUAAAAUAUGAACACUUAAGCCAUCAAUUAAAAAUGUAUGGUGCAAUUUUAAGUAAGUUAAGCUCUGGAAGUUUACUAUCUCUAGGAAUGUGAUAGCUUAGACGGUGCCAUGUUAGCAAGUAGACUGUAACAUAAUUAGUAUCGAAUGUUGAUUCUGGAAUAUAAUAAAAAAUGAAUUCACAUUA